AUGUGGGCGCAGGCCCUAACUCCCGCGCCCGGGUUCCGAAUCCAGCUCCGGCCCGUGGCACUGCCCCGCGCAUCCACUGCGCAGCUGGAGAAACUGAGGCCUGUGCGCAGCAGGAGUGCCCAGAUGUGGCCAGCGGCGCGCCCCACCCCACGGCAGCCUGGGUGCUGCGCCCGACCCGGCCCGGCUCCCCCGCGGCCCCGGUGUCCCCAGCCCCCACCCCAAACUCAGCCCCGGCGUCGGUGGCGGCGGCACCUGCACAUCUGGCAGCCUUGCUCGCGCUUCCGGGAUGGCGCCCUCGCCGCCUCGACGUCACCACGCACCGUGCGUGCGAGCGCGCGUGGCGGCGCCGUAUUCUGGGACCGACAUGCGUGCGUGGAGGCGCGGCAGGAAGUGGCGGGGCUGAUACUAGACGCGGCCGUCGCGGCGGCGGCGGCCAAUGGUCGCGGCGGAGGCGGGGCUGGGCGCCCGAACCUGGUUCCCGAGGCGCGGCGGCAGCGGCUGGGGGCGGGGAGGGGGGCGCAGGACCCCAGGUGGGGGUCCCGGAGCCGGAGGCACGUGUCCCGGGGCGCCGGCGGGGUUGCGCCGGCCCUGGGCGCUGCCCUGGCCUGGGCUGGUCCGGAGGCCGGCGCGGCGGGGGCCGUAGCCGAUGGGCGGGGCGAAGGGCCGUGCGGGAGGCGAGCUGGGGGCGCGGGGGUCGGCAGUGUCCUAGGGGGCGCAGCCAGGCGCUGGCGGCCGGGGGUAGGGGCCGCGGGGCGCGGAGGAGAGCCGGUCUGGCGGCUGUAG